ACCAUGAAAUCCAAAUUAAAAAAAAGACACAGGAGUUUGACGCUUGUUGAAGGAGAAUCUAAAAGAGAGCAAAACCAGACCUAAAAGCUGAUGAUUGGUGACUAAGGUAUGCCAAUUCAUCAUUACAAUCUCCUUUUUCUCUUCUGUUUUUGGUUUCAUGGGUAGGGUGGUCAUGACUAAUGAGAGGUUGUGGAAUUGGAUCAUUUUUCUAUGAGUUCAAUACGAGGUUUUUGUUGGGCUUUAUGUUCAUAAUUCAUGAAUUGGAGGAGAAGGGUUAGCGCUAAAAUUAAUCAAAAUGUUUUUUUUUUUUUUUUCUUGUGUUUCUGAUGCUGUCACCAACCUUUUACAUUUGGUAGGAGUGGCUGUAAAAAAGGAAAGUUUGGCCUUUUGAUGAGAUAGGAAGAAACUUUGUUCUUUGCCCGAGCCUGACGAGUAUUCAACAAUAAUAAGAAAAUCAACUUUAUUUUUUGAUUUUUCUAUAAGUGACUUACUGGAGUUAUUAGAUAUAGCUUUCAAGCUGUCUGCCAACCUACAGAUUUAAUUGAAUCAUGAAUCUGGGAGCUAAUUUAUUAUUUUAUGUGUACUGUAUGCAAAAUUCUGUGCCAUACCAUCUGGUAUUGAUCUCUCUUGCUCUCUCCUUGUUCCCUUUUCGAUUAGUUGGUAGCUUUUGCUCUGUAACCAUUCGGCUUUAUGGCUUCUUUUAAUUCCUUUAUAUGAUUUUAAUUGGACAGAGAUUUAAAUUGGUACCAAACGCGAUUAUGUGAAUUUGGAGGCCUCCUAUGUAGAAUAAAUUGUUCUAAUUGCAUCUGGUUAGAGAAAUUUUGGCUGCUUUUUUACCACUCAUCUAAUCUUUUGCUUCUAGCUAUUAUCUAUUGUUUCACUUGAUUAUGUUUUUAGUUGGUGUCUUGUGCUUGGUUGAUUAACUUCUGAUUCAAAGGAAAAUUGCUUAAAGGAAAACUUCCUCUUAACUUAAGUCCCUUCUCCAUCUAGGCUUCUUUGGUUCUUGCUUGGUUUUUCUCUGACUUUUUACACCCCUUGACAGUGUAACCUGUGCUUCUAUUAGUUGCAUAAUCUAAUCUCUUUUAUUUUCUUGGAUUUCUUUUAGCAGAUUGUGAUUGCUCUUUUGAUAUUUAUGCCUUGCAAAAGUAAAACAGUUGAUGGUCAACGUUGGUGCUGAGGAUCAAAUCAGUUUUAUCCACUUUUAAGACUUGCAUAAUCUAACCUCUUUUCAGUUAACGAGUGAUUUUGCUCAAUCAAGCAACUGCUGCUAUUAGAAAAAGGUGUUACUAUUAUAGACAAAUUCUGUUGUCACAGAAAACAUCUGUCAGGAACAAAAAGUUUUCCAGAGGAAGUUAAUAAGCGGCUUGGGCUUAGAUGCAAACAUCUCAGAAACACCAAACUCGAGCCAGUAUCUAUCACCAACCUGUUAAGGAAAUUGAUCCAUUUUGUUUGCCUCAUAUCCAGACAUUAGACGACAAUGUAUGCUCAGAUGCAGGCAGCCAAGGAGCUAAUGUCUCCUUUCAAACCGACAAGGACCAAUUUUUUACCCUGGAAUCAUCAACAGCAACUGCUGGUUUUGUUGCCUAUGACUCUCCUUCUGCUUUGAGCAUCUCAUCAAGCAGGAGUCCUUUCUCCCCACUAGGUUCUCAUUCAUGCUUGUCUGAUCCUCAUAAUUCCCCUGACAAUACUUUUGGAUCACCAUUCACUGGAUCUUCUGUUGUUGGUGAUAGCAAUGAAUUGAAGCACAAACUGCGGGAGCUGGAAAUUUCUUUGUUGGGGCCUGAAUCAGAUAUUAUAGACAGCUGCAAUUGCUGCUUCAGUAGUGGAGCCCACCAAGCUGCUUCAAUGGCAAGAUUGAAUUGCGAUCAACUGGUGGAUAUGAUCCCUAGAUUAGACUUGAAAGAGGUGCUCAUUGCCUGUGGUCAAGCACUUCAUGAGGAUGAUAUGUCGACAGUUGCAGGUUUAAUGUAUGUAUUGGAGAAAAUGGUAUCAGUGUCAGGAGAACCAAUGCAACGAUUGGGUGCUUAUGUGCUGGAAGGGCUUAGAGCGAGGUUGGAAUCCUCAGGGAGUAAUAUCUACAAAGCCCUAAAAUGCAAAGAACCAACAAGCUCAGAACUAAUGUCUUACAUGCAUAUUCUCUUCAGGAUCUGCCCAUACUGGAAGUUUGCAUACACAUCAGCUAAUGUUGUCAUCAAGGAAGUCAUGGAUUAUGAACCAAAAAUUCACAUCAUCGAUUUCCAAAUUGCACAGGGCACCCAGUGGAUGUACCUUAUUGCAGCGCUUGCAAAACGCGUUGGUGGGCCCCCAUCUAUCCGUAUAACUGGCAUUGAUGAUUCCCAGUCAAAUCAUGCUCGAGGUGGGGGGCUUAAUAUUGUGGGGCAGAGGCUAUCAGAAUUCGCUGAGUCAUACAAUGUGCCAUUUGAGUUUCAUGAUGCUGCUAUGUCUGGUUGUGAGAUUCGACUAGAGCAUCUUAAGGUUCAAUCUGGGGAAGCCCUAGCUGUGAAUUUUCCAUAUGUGUUGCAUCACAUGCCAGAUGAGAGUGUAAGCACCUGGAAUCACAGAGAUCGACUGUUGAGGUUAGUGAAGAGUUUGUCACCCAAGGUUGUGACUCUUGUUGAGCAAGAGUCUAAUACCAAUACAUCCCCAUUCUUUUCAAGGUACCUUGAGACACUGGAUUAUUACACAGCUAUGUUUGAAUCCAUAGAUGUAGCUUGUCCGAGAGAUGACAAGCAAAGGAUCAGUGCAGAGCAGCAUUGUGUGGCUCGUGAUAUUGUGAACAUGAUUGCUUGUGAGGGGACUGAGAGGGUGGAAAGGCACGAACUUCUUGGAAAGUGGAGGUCAAGAUUUAUGAUGGCUGGUUUUUCUCCAUAUCCAUUGAGUUCAUCAGUUACUAUGGCUGUAAGAGAUCUGUUAAAGGAGUAUGACAGUAACUAUAGACUUGAAGAGAGAGAAGGGGCUCUCUAUCUUGGCUGGAUAAACAGAGCUAUGGCGACCUCUUCUGCAUGGAGGUGAAAGCCAGAUACUGAUAGUUAUGGCUCUAUGAAGUCUGUAAAUUCUGCCCAAUUAUUUUUCGAGUUUUCUCUUUUAGAGCAUGGGACUUUAGUGUCUUGUAAAUUUGUAGAAAAUGAGCCUAGCUUUCUUUUAAUUGUAGAAAAUGAGCUUAGCUUUCUUUUAAUAGCGGUAGGCAAGGGAUGUAGAUUGCAACAUUUUUGCUUCCAUCAUUUUCGCUUCCCGACAUAGUCUCACGUUAAUAUGUGAAUCAAUUAAUUCUCAACUUCCUGUUUUGAACUAAUUUUGUGGUGAGGAUUGAGAAACCUUGCUUUUUCAACUUCUAGUGAAUUUACCACUACCUCUCCCUAAAACAUGGCUAACAUCAGCUGUGAUUCAUCAAACUCCAAUCCCAUUUAAAUGUUCCCAAAUCCUUCCAUUUAAGGGAUUAGGGUAGCUCCAGCUGCCUCUUUCAAGAAAUUCAACGGUGACAAAAUGGAAAAGUGAAUGUCAUCAGCCAACUUUUCAAUCAAAUUUCUUACACUAAUCAAAGCGUGCUGCUAUAUUAUCCAUUUAAACCAGUAGCAAACAUUGUGGAUAUCGAUGGGUAAAGUAAGGAGGGGAUA